CUCACACAUCCUUUGUUUGUGUCUGUUGUUUACAGAGAUGGUCGUAUUGAAGCUGUGGGCCAGGCAGAUGUUAUUCGCAGUCAGUUUUCAGGAGCAACAUUUGAAAGAAUAAUCAACUGCUCUGGGAAGUGUGUGUUACCAGGCCUGGUAGAUGCACAUACACAUCCAGUGUGGGCUGGUGAUAGGGUUCAUGAGUUUGCAAUGAAGCUGGCAGGUGCGUCCUACAUGGAGAUCCACAAGGCUGGAGGAGGAAUACACUUCACGGUGGAGCACACGCGGAAGGCCCCGGAGGAGGAACUGUUCAUGACUUUCCAACACCGUCUUGAACGUAUGCGCAGGGCGGGGUCUACAUUGGUCGAGUGCAAGAGUGGAUACGGCUUAAACCUAGAAACGGAGCUGAAGAUGCUCAGGGUGAUCGAACGCGCCAGGCGAUCCAUCGAUAUUGGCAUUUCUUCAACGUACUGCGGAGCCCAUUCCGUGCCGAAAGGGAAAACUGCCACUGAAGCCACAGAUGACAUUAUCAAUAACCAUCUCCCUAAACUGAAAGAGCUCCAACUAAGUGGUGAAAUACAAGUUAACAAUAUAGAUGUGUUCUGUGAGAAGGGAGUCUUUGAUCUGGACUCUACUAGGAGAAUUCUUCAAGCUGGAAAAGAGAUAGGGUUACAGAUUAACUUCCAUGGUGAUGAACUCCAUCCAAUGAAAUCUGCCGAGCUUGGAGCUGAACUAGGGGCCCGGGCUAUCAGCCACCUGGAAGAAGUGAGCGAUGAAGGCAUCACGGCGAUGGCGAGAGCUAAGUGUGCCGCUGUGCUUUUACCAACAACUGCCUACAUGCUAAGACUGAAGCAACCUCAAGCUAGAAAAAUGUUAGAAGAAGGAGUUAUAGUUGCUCUUGGCAGUGACUUUAAUCCUAAUGCUUACUGUUUUUCAAUGCCUAUGGUGAUGCAUCUGGCCUGUGUGAACAUGAAGAUGACCAUGAAUGAAGCACUAGCUGCUGCCACCAUUAAUGCAGCCUACGCUCUGGGAAAAUCAGACACUCAUGGCUCCAUAGAGACUGGCAAGCAGGGGGAUCUUGUUGUCAUAAAUUCAUCAAGGUGGGAGCACUUGAUUUACCAGUUUGGGGGACAUGAAGCAUUGAUAGACUACGUUAUAGUUAAAGGAAAAGUCAUCUAUCAAAAUGAGAGGUGUGGGACAAUGAGCAGUUACUGA